UCAGAAGAAAUGGAUUUUAGAGAGGCUUAUUCCAAUACAUGUUCUGCAGUGGGACUGGCUGCCAGGGAAGGAAAUGUCAAAGUCUUAAGGAAACUGCUCAAAAAGGGACGUAGUGUUAAUGUUGCUGAUAACAGAGGAUGGAUGCCAAUUCACGAAGCAGCUUAUCACAAUUCUGUAGAAUGUUUGCAGAUGUUAAUUCAUGCAGACUCAUCUGAAAACUACAUUAAGACAAAGACUUUUGAGGGCUUCUGUGCAUUACAUCUCGCUGCAAGUCAAGGACACUGGAAGAUCAUCCAGAUUCUUUUAGAAGCUGGGGAAGAUCCUAAUACAACUACUUUAGAGGAAACCACGCCACUGUUUCUAGCUGUUGAAAAUGGACAGAUAGAUGUGUUAAAGCUGUUGCUUCAACACGGAGCAAAUGUUAAUGGACCCCAUUGUAUGAGUGGAUGGAACGCCUUGCACCAGGCCUCUUUUCAGGAAAAUGCUGAGAUCAUAAAAUUGCUUCUUAAGAAAGGAGCAAACAAGGAAAGCCAGGAUGACUUUGGAAUCACACCUUUAUUUGUGGCUGCUCAGUAUGGCAAGCUGGAAAGCUUGACUGUACUUAUUGCAUCUGGUGCAAAUGUCAAUUGUCAAGCCUUGGACAAAGCUACUCCCUUGUUCAUUGCUGCUCAAGAGGGCCACAGAGAAUGUGUGGAGCUUUUGCUGUCCAGUGGGGCAGAUCCUGAUCUUUACUGUAAUGAGGAUAAUUGGCAGUUACCUAUUCAUGCAGCUGCACAAAUGGGCCAUACAAAAAUCUUGGAAUUGUUAAUUCCAUUUACUGACCGGGCCUGUGACACUGGGCCAGACAAAGUGAGCCCUGUUUACUCAGCAGUGUUUGGAGAACGUGAAGACUGCCUAGAAAUACUACUUCAGAAUGGCUACAGCCCAGAUGCCCAGAUGUGUCUAGUGUUUGGCUUCAAUUCUCCCAUGUGUAUGGCUUUCCAAAAGGACUGUGAAUUCCUUGGAAUUGUGAAUAUUCUUUUGAAAUAUGGAGCCCAGCUAAAUGAACUUCAUUUGGCCUACUGCCUGAAGUCUGAGAAGUUUUCAGUAUUUCGCUACUUUUUGAAGAAAGGUUGCCCGUUGACAUCAUGGAGCCAUAUAUCUGAAUUUAUAAAUCAUGCAGUUAAAGUACAAACAAAAUAUAAGGAAUGGUUGCCACAUCUCCUGCUUGCUGGAUUUGACCCACUGCAUCUACUAUGCGGUUCUUGGAUUGACCUAGUCAGCGAUGACAUUCUCAUCUUCACUUUGGAGUUUACUAAUUGGAAGAGACUUCCACCAACUAUUGAGAAGCUGCUCUGUGUUCGUGCCUCAAAUUCCUCUUGGGUUCUACAGCAACAUAUUGCAUCUGUUCCAUCCUUGACUCACCUUUGUCGUCUGGAAAUUCGGUCCAGCUUAAAACCAGAACACCUACGAUCUGAUAGUUUUAUCUGUCAGUUGCCUCUUCCCAGAAGCCUUCACCAUUAUUUGCUGUAUGCAGACGUUAUGAGGAGGAAUGAAAUUCCAGAGCUGCCACUUACUCAAGAGGGAGAAGUCACUGAAGCUCCUUAG